AUGCCGUCGUCUGAGGCAUCUUCCGAAGCAUCGUGCAAAGGAUCGUCUAGAGGCCGGACCAAAGAAAUACCAAGAGAAUCGCCCAAAUCGUCUGAAGGCCUGCAAAUCGCGGAGCCUGAGCCGUACCCUGAGGCUGUUAAUCGGUAUUCUGUGAACCGCGAUACAAAACUGCCGCAGAUACAAGACCAUUCAAAUGCCGACGAAGCAUCCACACGUAUCCGAACAUCUCAAGAACGCACGUCUUAUCGUCCAGGACCGCGCAGCGAUCAGUCUAAAUAUGGGCCUACUGUCGAGGUGCCCCCGGACAUGGUGAAGAAGUUCUUUGCCCACCGCCGACGCAAAUUCAUAUUCAUCGUCAUCUUCACAUUGUUUAUCGUCGGCGCGCUCAUCGGAUCGAGCAUAGGAGGUGCUUUGUAUGUGCAGGACAAAGCUGUACAAUCCGCUGGCGGUGAAACCACGUCUAGUACAUCAAAUGGGCCUCCAACACCGACUGCCACCGCUACAGCAACAGGCACUUCUAGCGACAAUCAAGACUAUGGUCCAACAUAUACCGCACUGCCCUUUGGCGCCAUCCAAUCGAUAAACGCAACAUGUCCAUCCACGCUACUCGUCUCAAGCCGACUACAAGGCAAGACAUCAGACAUUAGCGGCCGCUACAUGUACAGCUGCCUCGACAGUACCAACAUACUAGACGAGCCCAACCUCAUGGCCUUUACCGCAUAUACCCUUGAGCAGUGCGUCGACGCCUGCAGCCAGUACAGCGCCCUGAGCCAAACCAACAAAACAUGCAAAGCAGCCGUGGUGAAUGCCAACUUUCGCCACCAGUACGAAACAGGGAGUGGCGCGAACUGCUGGCUCAAGAGCGCAGCCGAGAAUGCCAGUACGGGGAAAGCGGGAUACACAGCCGCCGUGCUACGCGAGGAAUAA